GCGGCCGACUGCCUGUCCUCGUCGUUCAAGUGUACCGGUCCACCCCUUUUCGCCGGCCCAUCACCAUCAACACCAACAAGACUUCAACAUGACUAAACGAACAAAAAAGGUCGGAGUUACCGGUAAAUACGGAACGAGAUAUGGUGCCUCUCUCCGUAAACAAAUCAAGAAGAUGGAAGUGACCCAACACGCCCGUUACACAUGCACUUUCUGCGGCAAGGACACCGUCAAACGAUCUGCCGUCGGUAUCUGGGACUGCCGGUCCUGCCGCAAGGUUAUUGCUGGUGGUGCCUGGACCGUCUCAACAACGGCUGCUGCCACUGUCAGGAGUACCGUCCGACGUCUGGCUGAGUUGCGAGACGCCUAGUUCUCAAAUCCUUGACCUGUUCCCCUCACCUAUGCAAUGACACAUGCCCCUCCAAACCAAAAUUCUCAGCUCUUGUCAGCUGCCAAAGCUAUGAUACAUACCGUUCUUUUUGCCUGUCAAUGACAACUGAAUGCCAUCCUCAGUCAGCGCAAUUCUCAGCCGAUUGCGUUUCUUCCAACUGGGUUCCUAAUAAACCUAAAGCCAUCGACCAGAGGCACAGGUCAUGCAACUCUGGUCCCUUGUUGAAUAAUGAGCCUGACCCUGACUCAUGAUGCAACCAAGUAUUUUUACAUAGAAUUCUAAACUGCUAGCACUGGUUUCAGGAUCUGAGAUCCAACUAUUGGGACUGUUGGAAAUGUAACUUGUUGGCC